CAUCCCUCUCUCGCUUACAAAUUCUCUACAUUCUCCCAUCCCACAUAAUUCUACAAUCCAUACCAUAAGAACAUGUCAGAUGAAGUGGGCCAUGACAAUUCAAAGGGACCCACAUCAACCAAACAUGUGGAAUCCAUGCCAUCAGCCCCUCCGGCUGACGUCGAAAAUCAAUCCUCGGCGACGGCAAUCUCAUCGAUUCUACAGCGAUGGAGGAGAGAAGAUCUACUAAAGAAGGGCAAUCUGGUACUACGAUCAUCGGCCUUCGUGUUCUCCUUCAUCUCAUUCAUUGUCAUGGCCUCUAACAAGCACGGCGAUUGGAUGAAUUUCGAUAAGUACGAAGAAUACAGAUAUUGCUUGGCCAUUGCGAUUCUUGCUUCUCUCUACACCGUUUUGCAAGUUUCACGUGAAAUUCGACGGAUUUCGACAGGCCGAGAUCUGAUCACACGACAGACGUCGGGCUAUCUUGAUUUCUUCGGCGAUCAGAUCGUGGCCUACCUACUAAUCUCUGCAGGAUCUGCAGCCACUCCACUCAUGAAUCGUAUGCGAGAGGGGGCAGAUAACCUUUUCACUGAUGCAUCAGCAGCAUCCAUUAGUAUGGCCUUCUUUGCAUUCAUAGCUCUAGCUUUGUCUGCCUUAAUUUCUGGAUAUAAGCUCUCUAAUCAAAAUUACAUAUAAGCUUAAUUGCUUUUAUUCCUCUCUCUCUCUCUCUCUCUCUCUCUCUCUCUCUCUCUCUCUGUGUGUGUGUGUGUGUGUGUGUGUGUGUUUGAUCUUGAACCAUUCAUUUAUUAUCAUUUUAAUAUAUGUACGUGUGGAACAAUUCAUUAGCCCUUUAAAGCAAUGAUAGGAUUUAAUGUUUUAUUUUUAUUCUA